UGUUACAAUUGUCUGAAGAAAACGAGAAACGAAAGGAAGGUGUGAUAUAUCUGAACAAUUUUUGUUUAGAGAUAAUUCUAGUUUUCGGGAAGAAUGGAUGACGAGGCUGAAACGUAUAAAUUGUGGCGAAUAAGGAAAACAGUAAUGCAAUUGUGUCACGAUCGAGGUUAUUUGGUUACUCAAGAUGAAUUGGACCAAACUUUGGAGCAGUUUAAGGAACAAUUUGGGGAUAAACCAAGUGAAAAAAGACCGGCACGAAGUGAUCUUAUAGUUUUAGUCGCUCAUAAUGACGAUCCAACGGACCAGCUUUUUGUAUUUUUCCCAGAUGAACCAAAAAUCGGUAUUAAAACUAUUAAAACUUACUGUCAACGUAUGCAAGAAGAAAAAAUUCAUAGGGCUAUCAUCGUUGUACAACAGGGAAUGACACCCUCAGCUAAACAAUCGUUGGUAGACAUGGCACCAAAAUACAUAUUAGAACAAUUUUUAGAAUCUGAAUUACUUAUCAAUAUCACAGAACAUGAAUUGGUGCCUGAACACAUUGUACUUACUCCAGAUGAAAAAGAGGAACUACUUACUAGGUACAAACUAAAAGAAAAUCAAUUAAUGCGUAUACAGGCUGGUGACCCAGUGGCACGUUAUUUUGGUUUGAAACGUGGACAAGUUGUAAAAAUUAUUAGACCUUCUGAAACUGCCGGAAGGUAUAUAUCGUACAGACUUGUAUGUUGA